UUAGAUAGACCAACUGCUCAACAGGAAGUAAACGCUAGGGGCAAUCCUUUUCCGGUGUAACUCUAAACAUGCCGCCUAAAUCGAAGAAGGGCAAAAAGAAGGUGGCUGCCGUCCCCCUGGCAGUCAAGAAAGCAGAGCCCAAGAAGGUCGUCAACCCACUGUUUGAGAAACGACCCAAGAACUUUGGCAUUGGCCAGGACAUCCAGCCCAAGCGUAACCUCAGCCGCUUUGUGCGAUGGCCCAAGUACAUCCGUCUGCAGAGACAGAAGGCAAUUCUGUACAAGCGUUUGAAGGUCCCUCCUCCCAUCAACCAGUUCACCCAGGCUCUUGACAGGCAGACUGCCACGCAGCUGUUCCGUCUGAUGGACAAGUACAGGCCCGAGCAGAGGAAGCAGAAGGAGGCUCGCCUGCAGGAUAGAGCGGAGGACCGUGUGUCUGGGAAGGCAGACAAGCCCAGCAAGCGGCCGCCCGUGGUCCGCUCUGGCAUCAACACCGUCACCGCGCUGGUGGAGUCGAAGAAGGCACAGCUGGUCAUCAUCGCUCACGACGUUGACCCCAUUGAGGUUGUCCUUUUCCUUCCAGCCUUGUGCCGCAAGAUGGGAGUUCCCUACUGCAUUGUGAAAGGCAAAGCCAGACUGGGCCGUGUUGUGCACAGGAAGACGGUCACCAGCCUCGCCAUCACACAGGUCAACCCUGAGGACAGGGUCUCUCUCAACAAGGUUAUCGAAGCCGUGAAGACGAACUUCAACGACAGAUUUGAAGAACUUCGCAAGCACUGGGGCGGUGGUGUCAUGGGCUCCAAGUCUCAGGCUCGUGUCGCCAAACUGGAGAAAGCCAAGGCCAAGGAGCUGGCACAGAGGAUGUAACACGCUACACGGGCAGUGGGUGGGCCGUGCAACAACUGGACCCCUCUGUGGACGGAAUAAAGUUAUUUCAAUGUAC